GCUUCUUCCAAUAUGGUUUCCAAAGUAAUCAUCGUGUUUGCAGCUGUCCUCUGCUAUGGGGUGAGCGCCAUGCCUCCUCCAGCACAGAUUGGACCUCAAUAUUUCCCAAUGCCUAUGCCGCCACCACUUUACCCGCAGGUUAAACCAUUGCCGGCUCCAGUUUUACCAGAAACUCGCCCAUUGCCAGCACCGGUAAUGCCAGAAGUGCGUCCAUUGCCGUUGCCUCGUCCACCGCAAGUCGAAGAACUGCCGGCUCCACCUCAAGUUCGUCCACUUCCACCAGCGGUUGAGGUUCUACCAGCUCCAGUUGCACCACAAGUUCGUCCUCUUCCACCAGCGAUCGAAGUUUUGCCAGCUCCAGUUGUCCCACAAGUUCGUCCUCUUCCACCAGCGAUCGAAGUUUUGCCAGCUCCAGUUUUCCCACAAGUUCGUCCUCUCCACCAGCGAUCGAAGUUUUCCAGCUCCAGUCCAAAGUUCGUCCUCUGCCACCAGCAAUUGAAGUCCUUCCAGCUCCAGCUCCAGGAGGAAACUGCGGACGUCCACAAACUCGUCCACUUCCACCACCAGCUGGAGUUCUUCCAGCUCCAGUAG